AUGAUGCAGCCUGGUCACGCAGACUCACAGGGGUUCGGUCGCCUUGGUGGCUGCAUAAGCAAACAGGCGUCCGAGUACAAGGACUGGACGCGCGAGACUGAGAACGCGGUCCUCGACGAAGUUGCCGCCGCUCAGAACGACAGCCCCGAGCGCACCGACCCACCUCAGACGUUGCCGCCUGGCCAGCCAUCUGAAGACACGCAAGUUGAUAGAACCGCGUCGCCCCCACGACCUAGUACUUCAUCACAUUGGGAGCCCAGACCAGGCUUCGCGCACAUCGACGGCGAUGUCAAUGGACGUGGGUACAAUGAGACUUUGGUCGACAUCGUGUGUGUGCCGUGUCCCGGAGCCGACCCCGUCGAGACAUGGGCCCGCGACCCACUGCCGGAGGGAUACUUCGGACGGGCCGCCGAUGUGCCGCCGACUACGUUGAAAGAGCUCGCGGGAGCUAGUAUUCUGUCACCGACGAUCAAUCGACAUCUUCCCAAGGCGACCCAUCUGUGGGUGAGGCAGGGGAUCCGGAAGGAGGUUAGCGAGGCUCGCGUGCUUCUCUACCGUCAUCGCGAGUUGGUUGAGGGAGUCACCCUUGAACAGCUUGCGGAUGAUUUGAUUGAACAAGUUUGGAACACAAGAUACGGCAACCAACGGUCUCGUCCGUUAUUCUUCAUCGCGCAUAGUGUUGGCGGCUUAGUCGUCAAGCUGGCUCUUUUGAAAGCAACUAAGAGCGAGUAUUUCAAGCCGUUCAUGUACAACUGUCAUGGAGUUACUUUCUUCGCAACUCCGCACAAGGGCUCAAGUUACCUGUCCAUGAACAACUUGGAGGACAGUAUUCGCCACCUUCUUCGCCUUCAACGACCGCUUCCACGCUCAAUCUCCAACGAUUUGAGACUAGGUCACAAACCUCUUCUAAAGAUGGACGAGGAAUUCUCAACAAUUGCAAGCGAGCUCAGGAUCUGGUCUUUCUAUGAGACUAUCGACUCUCAGCUUUCAGGCUCUGGGUCUACGAGUAGAGGCUUAGCGAAGGAGGUUCGAUUCGGCGCCCCCAUUGCAUCCAUAAAGUCAUCAUUACUUGGCGUUAGGCAGGAACGGGUCUUCUCGUUGGACAGCGAACAUGCCAAUUGCGCCUCUUUUGGUGAGGGGAACACAGAAACGAUGAACACCUACCUACAUGAACUCUCUGUAGCGGUUCAAAAAGCUACGGAACUGAGCUCCCAGUACAUUCACACUCCGCUGAACCUCAAGAGACAUGUCAAGGUCGAGAUAAUUGGCUUCUAUGAAGACCCAGAUGCAGACAUGGAGUCCGCCAUUCGUCUUUACUUCACGAAGCUCCAUCUCCAAGAGUUUCUGGACAAAGGUCCCGAACGAUGCUUGGAAGAACGGUUGAGAAGAAGCACACUCCGGCCUCGGUCUGACCCCAACCCGCCUCAUCCAAGCCAGACAGACUCACAACACAGUUCUCAUGGCCUGGGAAUCAUGGCUGGUUUCCAAGAGCUGGGGCAAAAGAUAUGGCGAGCUGGCUCAGACACCGGGAGUCGGCCCAAGAGCUCCGACUCCGAAAGUCAGGGCUCGCCUGGCAUCGUCGUCACUCGUCCAUCCAUGGCUGGAGGAUCCAAUUCGAUGCCUGUGGAUGCCCUACGUCGAAUGCAAAGCCUCAAGGUCCCAGCCUUGUCUCCGCCGGGGUUCAAUCGGCCAUCCAGUCGAGGUAGCAACGCCGACAGCACGAGGUCAGAUCCAACAGAACUUGAGCUGUCGCCGAAGACGCCAGAUCCCGAGCCUUUUGCAUCAACAGGUGUAGAGAAGAGCUAUUCAGAGCCAUUUUCCAGACGACAAGACCGGUACUCGAGGGCUUCUGCCUUGGAGGAUCUGACGGCUGGGUUUUCAAGACCUGACCCGACCGGUAGAAAGUUUAUGUGGAUUCACACUCCAUUCACCAAUCCCUCUUGGGUCAAGGAUGUUUUCAGUGUCCUAGCCAACCCUAAUGACCCAAGUUUCGUGAAACUCUUCAACCAUGAUAACUGGGCAUCGAAGCAUGUCAUCGGAAGACACUCUCAAUCGCAAGCAUCGUUCGUGAAACCGGCCUGCAACAUCAUUCCCCUCAACUCAGUUCCCUCACCUCAUCCGUCCCCCAACCUUUCUGGCCGUGUCAGUCCAGCCGGGCCUUCGUCAGCGUAUCUGUACAUGUACCUUCCAUUCCUUCACUUCGAUACAUAUAUCGACAUAGUCCGCCGACGCAACUUCAUCAAGCAGCGCAUGCAGCAUGGCAGGUCUCGUCCGGUUCCGCGAGAUAUCGCCCAACUGGACUCCGCGGAGCUUCGAAUGAUCUGGGAGUAUAUAGGAUAUGACCCGCCACUCAAUCACCGCCGGACUCUUGAUCAAUUUGCAUACCCCUCCUUAAGAGACACGUGGGCUCGCGACGACGAUCAGAUGCUUUAUAAGCUUACCAAAGAUCGCGCGUCCACUGGAGUUGACUUGGAACAGCUGGGACUUCAGAGACGACAAACCACAGGAUCGACAUGGAGCCCGAUGAACAAGCUCACGCCUUCGAGCACGGGACUGCUAGAGGAUGAGGUUGAUACAGAUGAUGAGAACCAGGAUCUCGAUGAGGUUAUCAAGGAUGGCAAGGUUCUCAUGGUCGAUGAGCUUUGGCUGUGGGCUAUUGAUACGAAAACCUUAACCACAUUCUUCAACAGAAGGGAAUCAAAGCCAAAAGAGGGCCCCCUAUUCCAGCAGGCAGACCUCAGGAACAGCGUAUACAAUGAGCUCAAUGGAGAUCUCACGGGCCGUUGUGAGAAUGCACUGGAUCUUGCAGCAUUCAUCGUACUUCAUGCAAUCACUGUUCUGCUCGAUCGGGCUUCUCAUCCUGACCUCGAAAUCUUCAGAAUAUUUGAAGAAGCAAUCAGCAUGCUCACCGAGCGCAUGACUUCUUCCCUGAAGCACUUCCGCAUGCAGACAUUCAAAGACGUUGGCUUCGAAUCUGACUCGGAUAGCAAUCGGCCGGAGUCCAUCAAGAAGCGCCAUAAGCGUGAGCUCGAAGAAGCCGAGCGGGAGAACCGCUAA